AGGGUCCAGCGGCUCCUCUCACCCCAGGUACCCUCGGCCCUCUCCGCAGGCCCCUGGAGUUCAUUUCUGUGGCCCUCAGUCUCCUCCAACCCCGCUGGCUCCCGGCCAGGAAAAAGGAGCUACCAAGUACAACUGGGACCCGUCAGUGUACGACAGCGAGCUACCUGUGCGCUGCAGGAACAUCAGUGGCACGCUUUAUAAGAGCAGGCUGGGUUCAGGGGGCCGGGGACGCUGCAUCAAGCAGGGGGAAAACUGGUACAGCCCGACGGAAUUUGAGGCCAUGGCAGGAAGAGCCAGCAGCAAGGACUGGAAGAGAAGCAUCCGCUAUGCAGGCCGGCCGCUUCAGUGCCUCAUCCAGGAUGGGAUCUUGAACCCCCAUGCAGCCUCUUGUACCUGUGCGGCCUGCUGUGAUGACAUGACCCUGAGCGGCCCGGUCCGGCUCUUCGUGCCCUACAAGAGGCGAAAGAAGGAGAACGAGCUGCCCACAACGCCGCUGAAAAAGGACUCUCCGAAGAACAUCACGCUGCUCCCGGCCACUGCUGCCACCACCUUCACUGUGACACCCUCGGGGCAGAUCACCACAUCUGGGGCACUGACCUUUGACCGUGCGUCCACUGUGGAGGCCACUGCUGUAAUCUCGGAGAGCCCGGCCCAGGGUGACGUCUUCACGGGAGCCACAGUGCAGGAGGCCAGCGUGCAGCCCCCCUGCCGGGUCGGCCACCCUGAGCCCCACUACCCUGGCUAUCAGGACAGCUGCCAGAUCACACCCUUUCCUGAGGCCGCAUUGCCGACAUCACACCCCAAGAUAGUGCUCACGUCCCUGCCCGCCUUGGCCGUCCCACCCUCCACCCCCACCAAGCCUGUCUCCCCGGCGUCUCUCAGUGGGCUGGAGAUGGUGGAGCCACGGAGCUGGCUCUACCUGGAAGAGAUGGUCAAUAAUUUGCUUAACACAGCACAGCAGCUGAAGACACUGUUUGAACAGGCCAAGCAGGCCAGCACCUGCCGCGAGGCUGCCGCAACACAGGCCAGGAUGCAGGCUGACACAGAGCGAAAAGAGCAGUCCUGCGUGAACUGCGGCCGGGAAGCCCUGAGCGAGUGCACCGGCUGCCACAAGGUCAACUACUGCUCCACCUUCUGCCAGCGCAAGGACUGGAAAGACCAUCAGCACGUAUGUGGCCAGUCGGCAGCUGUCACUGUCCAGGCUGAUGAAGUCCACGUCACUGACAGUGUGAUCGAGAAGGUCACCGUGUGAGCCAGGCACUUCCCCACCUCCCGUACGGCUGAUGACCUGUGGACUAAGACGUGGAGGACACCAGGGGCAGGAAGCAGCUGGUAGACAGGUUCCACAAACUGCAAGCCAGCAGCACCUUGGACAGGAACUGCCCCGCCAGAAUGCCCAGAAGGGCUGAUGGCUAGUGACAGACCAGGUUCCCACUCCUCACGGUGCUCUCAGCUGGGUCACAAGUGUGCGGUCACCCGUGGUGUCCCUGCGCCGCAACACAUGUACGUACGUGUAUAUGUUGUGUCUGUCAAUAAAGCUGUAAAUAAAGUCCCUACCCCUCCCA